UCUAGAGUGAUGGGAGCCGGCUGAGCAAGCGGCAGCAGCAGCGAGUGAUCGCUCUCCGUGCUGCUAAUCAGCGGGCAGACAGAUGUGAAGGAUGGCGUCUUGCUCAGAGAUCUGCGGCUCGGAACACGGCGAGCAAGCCCAAGUCAGCGGGAACUGCCAGCAGUACGGCGUCCGCUCCUACUUACACCAGUUUUAUGAGGAGUGCACAGCCUCCAUCUGGGAACGUGAUGAAGAUUUUCAGAUUCAGAGAUCGCCGAGCAGGUGGAGCUCUUUACUCUGGAAGGUCUGUCUCGCGUUUGGCACCCUGAUCCUGUUUGCAGGCCUGAUUGUCAUCAUCGUGGGCUAUUCUACUCCAGCUCGGAUUGAAGCGUUUGGUGAAGAGGAUCUCCUCUUUGUGGACAGCCAGGCAGUCAGUUUCAACCGCGCGCUGGAUGUUUGCAAGCUCACUGGGGCCGUACUGUUCUGCGUGGGAGGCACCUCCAUGGCCGUGGGUCUCCUGCUGUCUGUCUUUGCCAAAAGCUACUCCAAAGAGGAAUUAUAUCUGCAGCAAAAGUUUAAAGAGCGGCUGGCGGAUUUGCACUCGACAGCCGGUACCCCCAUCACGAGAGCACCAACUCCAGGGGAGGGAAAGGUGCCCGUCACACUUUCCAAGGUCCAAAACAUCCAACCGGUAACCCCAAAGUCAGAAACCUGACAUGAGUCUGGUUGAAGGGGGAAAAUGUCGUUUGUUGGCUGAAUGGUGGCUGUGCACUGCGCAGCCUUUGAGUGAGUAGACUGCGUGUAUUGUGCAUUAAUGCAGAGACGUUAUCACCUAAAAGAUCAGCUUACGUGACGUAUCGGGUCAACUCUUUUCACUGUUGCUCGAAAAAAAGAUAUCCAAGAUUACAAAAUUGACACAUCGUGUGGAUCAGCUUCUUACCAGACUCAACAUAUAUAUAUUGAAGCAAGAACAUAGCCCAAGAACAAAUCAAUAGAACGCAGCCUCAGAACAAGUCAACAUUUUUCUCUUAAGUGGCUUCACAAUGUGUUGGAGACGAAUGCGCUGCUGCCGGAGGCGAGCAAGCAAGCCAGCAUCAUUAAGGCUGAGCUCCCAUUUCACAACGCCCAAAGCAAUGGACACGAUAACCAAUCGCAGCUGCACCAAAUACAAAUAGACGGUAGGCUCAUGAAAUCACCAGCACGACACUGUCGACACGUGAGAAGAAGAAGAAACUUUGUCUCUUUACAAUCUAUGCUCGAUAAUUGUGAACCGUUAGUGUAAAUUAGAUGAUCGAGUCAGGACAGACUUCAUAGUCUGACAUUGUCUUGAGUAAAACCUCUGACAGGACGAGUAAAAAAAAAAAAAAAAAAAACACAGCCAGUCCGACGUAAUCCACACUGGGUGGGUUCUAUCAAACUUACGCAACACAGUUUGACCAUUAAAUAGCACAGAUUUUGGAAAUUCUCAUCAGUCAGCUGUCAUGGUAGCGUUGAGUUAUUUAAAAAAAAAAAAAACAACUAUGCCAUCUUCUACUUUUGUUACAGCAGGGACUCUCAAACGGGAUUUUCGAUAAUAUUUUAUCCUCAUCUAAUAGUUUGUACAUUUUUGUGGAAUUUGAAAAUGCAGGUUUAUUUUCCCCUUAACUUCAAAAGUAGCUACGAUGGGACCUUACCAGUUUACCACCACAGAGGUCACCCCACUUGAAUUGCACUGAUUUAAAGGGGAAGGUCACGCAUUGAAAAUAAUGUAUCAAAUAGACCAAAGACAAAAGGAAAGAAGAAGAUAGGUCAUACCAUUGGUAAUGUAACUUUAAAAUAAAGAUUUUCAUCAGAUGUCAUUUAAGGUUGCUUAUAUCGGCAAUUUUGAAUGUUCCUGGUCACUGAGAUUUUGGCGAGUCACAUGACCUACGUGCACGGAUGUGAUGUGUCAAGUGCUCAACCUGAGGCUCGGUUACGUUCCUACACAGUUAUUGUCAGCGCUGAUUUCUCGGAUUUAUCCUCAUCUGGUGAAGAAAUCUAAAUCUAAUAUAUUGUUAUUUCCAAUGAGUGGGCUUCCCCUAAACCAAAGCAUCUGAAAAGUCGCAUUAAAAAAAAAAAGUCAAAAAUGAAAUACAGAAAAUAAAAUGAAACAGAUCAAAGUGCCAUCAGGCAUGAAGUCAGCAAAUUGUACCUGCGUUCACUUAAGACAACAUCAUGCAAAGCAGAAAGCAAAACGAAGCCCAUCCGGUACACGUGAAAAGCAGUAAGACGUCGCGGUCACAAGAUGAAAACAUAAAUUAAAAUUCCAUUCCAUUUCCAUUCUCUUCAUCAAAUGUCGAUGGUAUUUGUUCUGUCCAAUUAGCGCAACGAUCAAGAGUUGCGGUGCACACUUACGACUAUUUGCGCAGCACUUUUUUUGUUGUUUGCUUGUUUCACGUAAACCAGCCACUGCUCACCCUGCGCCACAAUCGAGAACACAAAGCUGCUUUUACGUUACCAUGUCAACGGGGCUGGAGCUGCCCAAAAAAAAAAAAAAAAAUUCAAUCUUUCUAAAUUUUCUGUUUGUGGAUUCGAGGUCACUAUUGUGUUUUUUCAUUUAUUUUGUGAUUUGUAUUUUGUGCAUCACUGGUGUAAAAAUUGCAUUAGCCAUGAAAAUAUUUGUGUAAAUUGACCUUUUACUAGCAGUCCUGUUGCUACAACUACUACUCUUCAUUUCUUUAUCCAGCAUUUUUUUAACACACAAAACACAAAGCUAUAGGAUCGAUAUUUUCAAUAUUAGCCAAACACAAGUGAGCUGCAAUCCUCCCGUGAAAAGAGCAGAAGCCAAGAUUUUAAAAGGUUGAGUGAGAUUUGAGUUAGCGGGUGAUCAAUAAAUGUGCUCACUGGUAGUUCUCAUGCUGUGAAUUGUGUGUUUGCUUUCAUCCUUUUGCUGUCCAACGGCUGCAAUUGCCAAAUACGCUAUUUUUUUCUCUCUCAGGAUUAAUGUAUCUCAAGGUUGAAUUGAUGUAACCUAAUUCAACAUUUCAGUGUGUCUCCUGAUGUAACUGUAUUCUCUGAGGGAACUAUAACAACAGAUAAAGAACAACUGCAGUCAAU